GAUCACAGGAUGCGGUGUGGUUGAGGGUUCGCUUCAUGCAAUUGCGGCAUGGUUCUCUUUUUCUCCAUCUCGAGAGGGUCAUUUUGCGGAUUGUCUAAUUUCUAAAACCAGUCGAGAUGGUGAAGUUCACAGCCGAAGAACUCCGUCGCAUCAUGGACAUGAAGCAUAACAUCCGCAACAUAUCUGUCAUUGCACAUGUCGAUCAUGGUAUAUCAACCCUCACUGAUUCUCUUGUUGCUGCUUCUGGAAUCAUCGCACAAGAAGUCGCCGGAGAUGUUAGGAUGACUGAUACUCGCCAAGACGAGGCUGAACGUGGUAUUAGUAUCAAAUCCACUGGGAUUUCCCUUUACUAUGAGAUGACAGAGGAAUCGUUAAAAAACUACAAGGGCGAAAGGAGCAGAAAUGAAUAUCUAAUCAACCUCAUCGAUUCACCUGGGCACGUUGACUUUUCUUUUGAGGUCACCGCAGCUCUUAGAAUCACUGAUGGAGCAUUAGUCGUCGUGGACUGUAUCGAAGGCGUUUGUGUCCACACUGAAACUGUGCUCAGGCAAGCUUUGGGUGAAAGAAUUAGACCUGUGUUGACUGUCAACAAGAUGGAUAGGUGUUUCUUGGAGCUUCAGGUUGAAGGGGAAGAAGCCUAUCAAACAUUCCAACGUGUCAUCGAGAAUGCCAAUGUUAUCAUGGCAACCUAUGAAGAUGCUCUUCUUGGUGACGUCCAAUUGUAUCCAGAGAAGGGUACUGUGGCAUUCUCUGCAGGUUUGCAUGGUUGGGCUUUCACUCUGACCAAUUUUGCCAAAAUGUAUGCUGCCAAAUUUGGAGUCGAUGAGUCAAAGAUGAUGGAGAGGCUCUGGGGUGAGAAUUAUUUUGAUCCAGCUACCAAGAAGUGGACUACUAAGAAUACAGGAUCUGCUACCUGUAAGCGUGGCUUCGUCCAGUUCUGCUACGAACCAAUCAAGCAGAUUAUUAAAACUUGCAUGAAUGAUCAGAGAGACAAGUUGUGGCCGAUGUUGCAGAAACUCGGCGUGACAAUGAAAUCCGAAGAGAAAGAGCUGAUGGGCAAAGCUUUGAUGAAGCGAGUCAUACAGACUUGGCUUCUGGCGAGCACGGCUCUCCUUGAGAUGAUGAUCUUCCAUCUUCCGUCUCCUUCCAAGGCGCAGAGAUACCGUGUGGAGAACUUGUAUGAGGGUCCUCUCGAUGAUGUAUACACUAAUGCCAUCAGAAAUUGUGACCCUGAAGUCCCCCUCAUGCUGUACGUUUCGAAGAUGAUUCUAGCUUCCGACAAGGGCAGGUUCUUUGCAUUUGGCCGCGUGUUCUCCGGCAAGGUAGCUACCGGCAUGAAGGUCCAGAUCAUGGGGCCGAACUACGUGCCCGGGCAGAAGAAAGACUUGUACAUCAAGAGCGUCCAAAGAACUAAUAUAAAUAUAGGUGUAACUUAAAGUUUUACCCAAACACCAAAACCACUUGGCUGUAUUUGAUCACUUAGAUGUGAGUAAACUUUCAGUGUCCCUAAUAUCAAAUUGGCCGAACUCAACCACUUGGGGCUUGGCAAGUUGGGGCAUGAUUGCACCAUCAAAAAGUUCAACCUCAGGUGAGCAAAC